AGGGUUAGACAUGGUGGCUUGGGACUCUUGGGAGGGAGGUUGCGGUCAACAAACAGCCCGCAGACGCCCUCGUCCUUUUGCCGGCCUUUCUAGCCCUCAGAAAAAGAGGGCCUGCAACACAAAGUCAUAACCACCCGCCCGCCCCCACUCGCACACUGCACUACCCACCCUUCCACUACUGCUGUACAGGAGCCGUUUCUUUCGGGGACGGACUGUCACCCGCUCACUUCAGCCACCGCAAUUCUAGGGAUUGUCGACUGGGGGCCAAAGAUUUCCCCCGCCCUCAGCAACACUCAACCAACGUCGUCCAAAACGUAACCACCACCACCACACUCACCCAACACACCCCUCACAAACAAUGCCCUCCAUCAAAACACUGGCUCUCACAGCUGGAGCCAUUCUCCUCUCGUCGUCUUUUGUCGCCGCUCAGAAUAACGUUCAUUUGGGCGCGGCUUGCACCCCAGCACAAGACCAGUUUGGUUGUGACGGCGUCACCUUUGUCUCUUGUGAUAAGGACCAACGCAAAUGGAUCACGCAAAAUCUGUGUACUGGGCCAUGCAUCAACGACCCUCCGUAUUCGUCAUUGUGCAGCUCAAACUCGCAAGUCGGCCCACUGGGAGCUGGCGCACCGGCCGCAACGACUAGCAACCCCGCCACCCCAGCAACAACCAACGCCGCUAACCCAGCAGGAUCCACAGGCGGCGCUGCGACUCCCAACCCCGCAUCCUCAGGUUCCGCCGCAUCCGCAACGGCGAACCCUUCCUCCACUGCAACUCCCACCACCAACAACUCCAACGCCAAUCAAGAUCCCAACGCAUCCUCCUCCUCCUCCUCCUCCCACAUCGGCGCAAUCAUCGGCGGGAUCGUCGGCGCACUCGUCCUCCUCGCACUCAUCGCCGCCUUCUUCAUCUACCGCCGCAGGAAAACGACCGGAAGUGCCACCAACACGCCGUUGAUGGGACCCACACCCCCAGUGACGUUUGCGUCGGCGGGCAAGCAGGAGAUGGGCGAGGCUGGUGGAGCGGGCGAGGGGAGCAGUUCGUCGGCGAUCGGGGGGAUUGCGGCUGGGUUGAGUGUUGCGUCGGUUUUGGAGAAGAACUAUGUCGUUCGUCACGAUUACCAACCUGCCGCAGAAGAUGAAGUGCAAUUGAAGGUCGGCGACAGGAUCCGUUUGGAUCUCCUGUUCAAUGAUGGCUGGGCGAAAGGAACGAACGAAACGACCGGUCAACAGGGGUUGCUUCCCGUUGCUUGUCUCCAGGACGCUUAAACUCUCCAACCGCGACACUUACCAAACGCGGCGUAACAUUCUUACACAUUCGCGCACAUGGACACUCUCCGCGUUUACUUGGACAUCAGUAACCUGUCUCUCUCACCCUAACCGAGAUCCCCCUUUCGGCGUAUAUACUGUAUGUUCCCACCACCACACCCUGACCACCGGAUGGCGUACCCCCCACCCACCCCGCCGCGCAUCCCCCAAUCCAAAACAAUUCACUACCCUUGUACCUUCUACUUCCCCUUUUUCCACGACUCUCUGUAAUCUAUGUGUACUGUAGCAUCCCCCACCCGCUCGUUUGUAUAUCUUGUAUCUGACGCUGUCGCUGGCGCUGAGGACGUGUGGAGAAUAGCAUGCGGAUUUUUU